UUAACGUGUUUUUUAUCUCCUGAACGAUUUUCAGGUAGUGUGAAAAGCUCCAGUAUCGAAUAAUAGAAGCAGGAUAUAAUACAAGAAUCGUCUCGAGACCGCGUAACGACGAUCCGCAUUUUUCGGUCGUCCGUUCAAAACUUUCGACGCAAUGACUUGACCUCCAGCAGCCUCGAAAUUGCCUACCUACAUCUCUUCAUAGCUCUAAUGCAUUUGUUUCGUUUGAAAAAGCUGCUUUUCCGCACGUUAAAACGACAGGGCCACACUUUCUUCGCGAUCGCCGCCUCGGACAUAACCAAGCUGGGCGUCCGCGACAUUCUGCCUCUUCCUCGAGCAGCCGAGGGCGCAGCGGCCUCAAAUAGUGAAAUUGGGCGAGGAUCACGGAGCAGCGCCUGGCGCGCAGGUAAUACAGCCUCCAGCGGCACCCACGGACGUCCAGCCAAGCGAGUCUGUCCAGUCACGCCGCGCGGCGAAUGCGCACCACCUCCAAGACGUCGACCCCCUCGGUCAUCAAACUUUCCGGGGUCGGGGCCGGAUCAAAGUCGGCACAGCGUUCAUCCCCGAGGCCCGAACAUGAAUCGUCUGCAGCCCUCGGUGAGCAGCGCCCCCGGCGGAGCCCUAGUCCCAGUCGUAAUCCAACAAACCCGAGUCCCGAACGUCCGGGAAAUCUCGAGCUCCUACCGCAACAUCAACGCAAGCCGUCUGACAAUAUCGCGGGCCUAUUACUAUCGCAAGAACUGGCGACCCUGAGACCACUGGGCCCGGUCCAAAACGCUACCCCCAAGCCCGCAGGUGUCCAGGGCCUGGUGCAGCUCUCGCCGGCUCCUCUCACCUGCGGACAUCAGCUUCACCGUGCGGCACCGGCAUCGCGCGAGCUCCACAAGCUUGUGCCGGUCCAAAGCGUCGCCAAUAUCUAUCCUCUACCGGCCGGUUGUGUGCAGCAACAGCA